AAUAGCGCCACUUCGCGGUCGUGAAAUUUUCAAUGACAGUAGUAAUUCAUGUUGUUAUGUUAAAGCAUUAGGCCGGGCAUUUACUCAUUACUUACUGUAGUGAGUCAAUACAUUACAAAAUGUCCGCUAAAGCAUCCAAAGCUGCAGAAACAAGGUCAAAGGCGAAAUCAGUAAUAACAAUGCUGGAAAAACUGAAUGGAUCAAGCAACCCUGAUAAGGAGCAAACACGAUACUUGUCUCAAAAACUACUGCAGAUUGUUAACACUAAAGAAUCAUCCAAAAAAGAUGUGACUUGCAAAAGUGGACUGGAAGCCAUUCUUUUAGCACUUGAGAAUUCCCAAGACCAUCCCACAUGCAUGGCACUUGUUAACACAUUAGCAGAGAUUGCUAAUGAAGGAGGGGGGUCGGUGAAAAGAUUAAUUGGCCAAGAUACCACAAGAGUUCUGCUUCAUAUGCUUGCUUAUCUGGGAAGUGAUGUGGACUGGAGAUUGCUCUCAUGUAUUCUUGCUCUUUUGGCCAAACUGGGCCCCAAAGAUCGUCGAUUUGCCCUUCGAGCGCGACUCACUGGUUCAUUAUCAAUGAUAUUAUCAGCUGUACGUUCUUCAUAUACUCACCAUUCCCGUGCUAAGAUGUUACAAACUUCAUUGACUGUUCUAAAACUCACCGUAUUAAAUUCAACAUCAAACUCAAUACUGCUUGGCAGAGCUGGUGCAGUGAACGUACUAUCGCGUGUUGUUUUAUCUUCUGGUAAAAAGCAACCUGUUCCACUAAAAACCGCAUUAGCUGUGCUUAACCUAUUGAUUAGAUCUUCAAGAGCAAAUGCAUCUCGUGCUGUUAGUCUUGGCUUAAUUUCUUCAAUUCUUGGACUUCACUGUGAUUACCAUAAGAGCGACAUACGUCAUAACAGACACACAGCCAUAAGAAAGUCUUUUCUCAAUAUUCUGAAGAAUAUAACGGCAUUAAAGAUUGGUAGAAAGUCUUUUAAUGAAGCAAAUGGUUUGUUGGUCAUGUACAAUUCAUGCAGAGAUUAUUUGGCAGCUUCACACACUAACAACAAAUCGGUCGAUCCCUUACUCACUGUUGCCACGAUGAUAAUAAGAAGAUGCCAACCAAAAUCCCGCCUCCCAAUAUUGAAUUCCAGAUCCACGAUCCGCUUCCGACUUCCAGGGAUGGAGGAACCGGAUCUUCUGGAAGAUGAUUUUUUUGCCCUGACAGAUGAAGAAGAAGAUGAGAAUGUUGAAGAUCCACCAGUGGAUGGGGAGGAACUCAAUGAUAAUUGCCAACCAUCUGAUACCUCGGCAUCAAAGAGCAGUACAGCUACAAGUGAUGUAAAUAGAGACACAUUCAAGUCUUUUUCUUACAAUAGAUCUGAUCUUAAGAUGUAUGAAGACUUCUUCCCAGAGCUACAAGAUUUUAAGCUGCAGAACCAGUUGCUUACCCAGCGCCCACACACAAGUGGAGAGGCAGAUAAACCUCAUUUCAACCCUCGUAAUGUAGCUCGACAUAGCUCACCAGACCUUACUAAGCUAUCUAACUCAUGGGAGGUCCCAUGUGAUGUUUCUGAUGUCACAAAAACCUUUGCUGAUGUCAUAAAGGUGGUGGAUGACAGUGAGAAACAAGUUACCAACUGCAAUGGUUUGACUCAUAGUUCUGGAGAUGAAGCAAAACCGAAGCCAAAAGCAUGGUCUGUAUUUUAUGAUUCUUCUACAAUAAAUGGAGACAUGAUGACAUUACCCAUCACUAAUAACAUCUUCUCCCAUGACAACAGCCCUUCUAUGCUAAAUCAUAAUAGCCAUUAUGAGUUGGCACAAAAGUUAGCUCAGUCAACCAUAUCAGUGAAGGAAGAAAUAAAUAAAUUAUCAUUAGCUGAUGAAUAUGGAAGUGUGCCAAUGACUAAAUCUGAACAUCAAGUUAAUAAAAGAAAUGUACAAAGAUUGAUAAAAUCAAAAUUAUUGGAUGAUCUGGCACGUUCCCUAUUUCCUGAUGAUGUCAUCAAUGAUGUCAUAUACAGCUGUGAUGAUGUAACACCUGGAAACCCAGUGACAUCAUAUAAUAAAGAUAUAAUUGUGAAACGUGAGAAUGGUGAAAUCCAAUCAUGUGAGGUACAUGAACCAAAUGAACCCGUGAAUGGCACUUAUGUUGUCACAGAGGAAAUAAAACAAGAAAACAAACUCGUGAUACAGGUCACUAUCCCCAACAAUGAAACGAGUGAAACAUCUGAUGAUAUUUCCUCGACCACAAUUUCAGAGGAAACAUGGCCUGGUGUUUACAUUGAUCAAAACGACAACAUUUCAACUGAAACUAAAGAAAAACAUUGCAUGAAGUUGCCCCUUAAUAACCGCAUUGGGACAAACCAAAGACUUUGUUCUUCCAAUUUAAAAUUUGAUUCAAAAUUUGAAAGCGGGAAUCUUCGUGCUGCUGUUCAGGUUCGAGAGUUUGAAUAUGAUCUUGUUCUAAACUCUGAUUGCAACAGUUUGCACCAUUAUCAGUGGUUUUACUUUGAAGUUAGUAACAUGAAGAUGUCACAAACUUACAGAUUCAAUAUUGUUAACUGUGAGAAGAAGGGGAGUCUUAUUAAUGAAGGCAUGCAACCAGUAAUGUAUUCCAUGGUUGAAGCAAAACAAGGUCGUCCAUGUUGGAGACGCGUCGGCCAUGACACUUGUUAUUAUCGCAAUCAUUUCCUUCGUAGCAAGACCACGGCAUCAACUGGAAAGAACCGAACAUACUUUACUUUGUCAUUCACUGUAAACUUCCAGUACGUAGAUGAUGUUUGCUACUUUGCAUAUCAUUAUCCAUACACCUACACCCAACUAAAGGUCGAUUUACAAAACUUGAUGUCCAACAUUGACACCUCAACAAUGUAUGUGCGGCAACAAACUUUAUGCAAUACAUUAUCUGGCAACUCUGUGCCUGUCUUAACUAUAACUUCAAUGCCAAUAAGUGAUAAUGCUGGUUCUGCUAUAGAAGCUGUUCAUGAAUUAAGGUCACGUCCAUACAUCUUCCUCUCUGCUCGUGUACAUCCUGGUGAAACCAACGCAUCCUGGACAAUGAGAGGAACUCUCAAACUCCUCCUCACUCCUCCUGCAUCCCAGGAUCAACCAGAGGACAUUCGGAUCAUUGCAUCAAUAGCGGAAGAUCUUAGGAAGUCCUACAUCUUCAAGAUAAUACCUAUGCUGAAUCCAGAUGGUGUAAUAAACGGACACCACCGUUGUUCAUUAAGUGGGGAAGAUUUAAACCGAACUUGGCUUGAUCCAAAUCCUCAAUUCUUUCCAACUAUUUAUCACACAAAAGGUCUUCUACAAUAUCUGCAAUCAAUACAAAAAGCACCAUUGGUAUAUUGUGACUACCACGGCCACUCACGUAAGAUGAAUGUGUUCAUGUACGGAUGUUCACACAAGGAUUCCGCAGCUGCUGGUGAAACAUCAACCACAGUUGGUGGGCCAGAUGAUACAGGGUUUAAAACCUUGCCGAAGUUGUUGAACCAUUUUGCCCCAUCUUUCUCAUUAAAAGGUUGUAGUUACGUGGUGGAGAAAUCUAAAGUAACAACAGCGAGGGUUGUUGUGUGGAAAGAGAUUGGAGUGGCAAGAAGUUACACAAUGGAGAGCACUUAUUGUGGAUGUGACCAGGGUCGGUAUAGAGGUUUACAGGUUGGUACCAAGGAGUUAGAAGAGAUGGGAGCAAGGUUUGUGGAGGUUCUACUGCAUCUCAAGGCGAGGAAUCAAACCAGGGGACUCCCCGUGAUUGAUACUGAGGAUGAAGUAGCCAUAGAACAGCCGGAUUGUGAUGUCAUAAGACGAGAUAUCAGUCCUGGAUGUCCGGUGAAUUCCGAUGCCGAACUCACUCCUGAUGAAGAUGACCUUUCACCCAUAGAUACUUCAUUAUUCUCACAUGAUUUCACGCAGGAUAGAUAUCCAACAUACAUGGUGGAACAUCAAUCUAUGAACAACGACCCACCAAGUGACGAUUUAUCUUUCUGGAGGUACGACCCUCACUCGAUUUCAAGAGACAACCAAGCGUCAACCUCAAGCUACAUGUAUGACUCGAAUGUUUACAACCCCUUAGCAACCAAAAACUUACAUAAAGAUCAGAAAGUCAUUACGGCUCAUGUUUCCCCUGAUACAGGCCGCUUACUCUAUUACCAGUAUUCUGAUGCAGAAACCACUGAAAUUGAAAAUGAUUUGGUCACUGUAUUGGAAAACGAUGUGGUCACCACUGCUCCCAGACCAUUUGAAUCUGGCUUGACUUUGCAAAAGGAAAAAAGAAACCCAGAAUCUUACAAUGAUGGAAAAUCUACACGUCCUCGUAGAAAGUCACAAAAGCGUUAAUGACAUCACAAUAGCCAGCUAUUGUGAUGUCAUAGUAUAUUAUUUUCCGGUUGACAUAAUUAUCUCUACCACUGUUCAGUUGUCAGUCAGCAAGGUUUUUUGUUGAUUUUUUUGCAAGAAAUUGUAUAAAGCUAAGGUGAAACUUAGUUUAGGAGAAGGCAUACUUAGAAAGUGGUCAAAAUUCAACUUUAUUUCCCAGUGAGAAGUAUUUUUACAAGGUGCUACACUUUACAAAUGCAAUGAAAAUUGAAAAGCACCGAUACCAGGAGCUGUAAUAGUUGAAAUCUUCAAUGAGGCAACUCUACAAGUUCAAGCUGUUUUGUAUAGGCUACUACAUUUAUUAUAUUUAUACAUAUUAUACAUCAAACUGUUUUUUUGUUAAAUUUUCAUAUUUUAUACAGCCUGCAAUUUAAAAGUAACAAAUUGUUGCAAAUGAAGCUUAUUUUUUUACAACAAUCUCUGCACUUUUAAUGUGCUUUGUUAUAUCUGCAACAGAUCACAGUAUUUAUCCUCAUAUAUCAAUGGUGUAAUUUACCUACAUAUUCCACUGUUCAGUAAAUUACUUCAAAAGUGACUCUUUCAAAUUGGACACCUUUUUUAUUUUAAAUUAGACGGCUGUUUUAAAAUUCCAAAAUAUGUAGUUCAUGUGCUGCUGUAGUAAUUCUUAUGCCUCUAUACAUAAUAUUGGUUCCUUAUGUUACACAAUUGUGUGGCGUAAAACAGUAGUUUCAAAAAGUUAGACUUUUUCAAAAAAACUUUUUUCGAAAAUGAUUUGUUCUCGCGACAAUUUUUUAAAAGAAGUUAAAUUUACAUAGGAUUAAUUGUCACAAUGCAAAAUUUGUCAUAUUCAAAUGCGGAGUUCUUGAACCAAUCCUUAUAUACUGCAAUUUUCAGUUAAAAUUACUCACUUUACCACUGUUAUAAGUAACGUCUUGAGAGCUAGCACGAUUUGUAAUUUGCCAAAGAUUUAUAUCAAUUUUAAGUUGCAUAGCAAACUUUUUGUACCGACUGUGUUCUGUUCCCACAUAUUCCAUAUAUUUAUGUUGUUCCAUAUACUUUGUCAUUGUGAAUUAAGCAUCAUUCUAUUUAAUCACAAAA